GAGGGAUAUAUCUGAUGAAACUGUGAGGGAGCCGAGAAACUUGGAAGAUUACAGAGGGAAUGGCUAAACGAAAGGGAGAAUUUUCAUCUUCUGCAACAUCAGCAACAAAAAAGUUUUCAUCGGCACGAGAAUGCUUUAAAGCCAAGUUCAGAGCUCCUGCGGAAUAUGCUCGGGAUGGGAAUUCCGGCGUUUCUCUCACGUGCGCUGCAGAAACCAACUUUUAAUGGAACCUCCUGAAAGAUUUCGUCUCACCCAGCCAUGAAGUAAGAGUAGAGGCAAAGUUGUGACAUCUUAAUGUCAAAGUAAGUGUGUUGUUAAAGCAACAGGAUUUGUUUUUGCUGCUUCGUGCAGUCCGAACUCCAGCUCCUAGCUGUUAGUGGCAACACUGAAGACUCAGGGCAAGCCGAAAACACCCAGACUACGCCUGAAGGGCAAGGAAAGAAAUGACAGCGUGGUUGUUUUGCUGCUGCUCUGAAACGUUUCUUCAAGUGCAUCUUACUAGAGGCUGUGUGAAACUCUGCAGUUCUCCACUCUGGGAGGAAAUCAGAGAUGGAAAAAUAGUGACUUCUUCCAAGUGAGGAAUGUUUGAAGAUGACAGAGCUGGGUUUGAACCGAUGACACUGGAUAUAAAAUCCUUCUCUUUGUAGCUACGGUACCUGUUUGCUGUAAAUUGUGAGACAAUCUGCUCUUUGCUCAUACGUGGAUUAAACAAAUCUGUGGUGACUGGAGCGUGGAUGUCUCAUGAUUUCAAUAAAAAUAAGGACCUAAAAAUCCAUUGUUUGUUUUCUCCAAGGGUACCUGGAUUUUCAGGGAGACAGGUCCCUAAUUUCUGCUUUCCUAGGAACAAAUGCUAGUAUACUGCCUCUUAGGCCUGGAUGUGGUUGGAUUAUGCUACUUCUGCUGUGGCAAUCAGCAUUGUUGUUUCAGAGAGUUAACUGUAAAGCGUAGAUUGUUAUGGAUCGCCUUCACUUAGAAUAAACAUCAUGUCAAUGGAAACAGAACGGUAGAACCUUUCCCAGAGGGAUCACAGAUGGCUGUGUUUGGUAUGGGCUGUUUUUGGGGAGCAGAGAAGUUGUUUUGGAGCCAGAAGGGAGUCUACUCCACUCAAGUGGGUUUCGCAGGAGGGUAUACUCCAAAUCCUACCUACAAAGAAGUCUGUUCAGGCAGAACUGGUCACGCCGAGGUUGUACGAGUAGUCUAUCAGCCAGAAAACAUCAGCUUUGAGAAACUGCUCAAGGUCUUCUGGGAGAAUCAUGACCCGACACAAGGAAUGCGGCAGGGCAACGACUGCGGCACUCAGUAUCGCUCAGUCAUCUACACCUUUUCCCAGGAGCAGAUGGAAGCUGCCUUGAGGUCUAAGGAAGAAUAUCAAAAGGUCUUGAUGAAGAGUGGUUUUAGUCCCAUCACAACAGAAAUCCGCGAGGCUCCGGAGUUCUAUUACGCCGAAGAUUACCAUCAGCAGUACCUUAGUAAGAACCCUGAUGGGUACUGUGGCCUUGGAGGAACAGGGCUCUCCUGCCCUAUUGCCAUCAAUAAGUAGCCUGUGAUUGCCUGCACUUCGUUUUAGGGAGUUUGGAAGAGCUCACCGACCCUGACAGGUGUCACAAUAGUCCUGCGGCAUCAGCACGCAGACCUUUGGCUACCUCUUGCCAUAAUCCAUGCAGCUUCCCAAUUGCCAAUGUUAAAGCCAUAGUAGAGGCAGCAAAUUGCACCUGCUUGAUAAAUGCAACUUCUUGCUCUGUGCUGCACCUGGGAUUGUAAUCUGGGGAGAAAAGAAACUUGAGAGGUCAGCUUGGAAUGCAAGUUAAAAGGCUGAAGAACGAGGAGGUGGUUGUGCCUGCUAACUGCUUUGCCUAGCUGAUGCCUUCAGAUGUGUUUGUUUGAUUGGGGUAAUGAGUUUGCUUUUGGCUUCUGGAGAUAUGGCUGGGCUUGACUGUCACCACCCUGUGAUUUGAUGGCUUUGAGAAGGAUGAAUUUAUAAGAUCAGUGAUUCUCUUGCAAUCCCAUGUUCACAGCAACAUGUACUGUCACCUGUAGUGCCUGUUUGCUGAAGCAGUUUGAGCAAGGAGAAGCAAAAACUGUAAUGGGAUCCUUCUUUUUGAUAGCUCCAAGAGGUGUGUCACACCCAGAAAGAAAUCAGUGUUGUUUCCUGCACUAAAAUAAAUUGCAAAAGAAGAAAAA